CAGGAAGUUAAAUUACAUCCACAUCACAUCCGUGAUCCAGGACAGCAACAAAAGACCUGAAGCAGUUCACUGAAGUUGUGCUCAGACAGUGUGUAGAUGCCAUCUGGAGCUCCAACGGGGGAGAACUGCCUUGUAGACAUGGACAGCAAGGCUGGAGAUCUGUUCAGUGCUGAGGAUGCUCAUCCAACUGGCACAGGCGGAGCUGGAAUCUUGGCAAAGCUCUGGCUCCCCAAAGGCUUCUCAGCCAGCAUGGCUAAAGAGUGGAUCGACAGGCGCAGAGUGUCAAUUCGACCCUGGGCCAGCUUCGUGGACCAACGCAAGUUUUCAAAACCCCGCAACUUUGGAGAGUUGUGUCAGAGGGUGGUGAAAAACGUGGAAACUUAUAACAGCAACUAUACCUUCAUCUUCCUGGGUCUCAUCCUCUACUGCAUUAUCAGCUCUCCCAUGCUACUGAUUGCCUUGGCUGUGUUCGCUGGUGCCUUCUACAUAAUUCACCUCAAGUCCCUGGAGUCCAAACUGGUUGUCCUCGGCCGGGAGCUGACUGUCCCUCACCAGAUGAGUCUGGCUGGAGCUGUUUCUCUACCUGUGUUCUGGUUGGCCGGCGCUGGAGCUGCAGUCUUUUGGGUUCUGGGAGCAACGCUGUUUGUGAUUGGCUCUCACGCUGCGUUCCGUGAGCUGGAAGGGUCCGACAUGGAAGAGCUCCUCAUGGAGCCCGUGUGAAGAGCACGCUGAACCCUCUGCAGGUGCCGGUCAACGAUCAGUCACGACUCUGACCCUGUAAUCACGUUAGCCCAGAGGGGAUGAGGAAGAACUGCUCCCAGAUCUGUUCCUUAGCUUUGUGUGCGUCCAAUAUUCCCUCUGUUAAUGCACCUUGUCUUGCCUCUGAAGUAGUUGUUGUUACAGACUGUAUUGCCUCUUAAUCAAAGUCAUUCAUACAAAUAACUUGCCAUAUGCACAAAUGAUUUGUUAAUUAGUAUUUAAGCACACUGUUAUACAGACGUUAUGCCUUUCUCUGCAUGUUAUACCUCCAAUGCCUCUGGUUUGUGUCAAAUAGCCUCGCGCUCCCUGUGAAGUCUCCUAUAUAUAUCUUCAAAAAAAAACUCCUAUGUCUGAAACAUCUGACAAAUUUGCUGCUUUCUCAUGUAAAGAUAAUGUAAAUGCAAUGUUUGCAAUUUUAAACUGCUAAAAUUGAUAAAUUUUCCAAAGGAAAAGUGCCAUUUAAAGCUUUAAAGAUAUCUCUCUCAUAAUGAUCAUGCACAAAGAAAACUGACAUUUUCAUUCAAGAGCGCACAAAACCAAACUGGGUAUUUCAGUUAACUUAACUUAGAUAGGCAUCUUCAAAGGUCAGUGCAUAGUUAUUGUGUUUUGUAUUGGGAAUAAUAUGGAAAUUCAGUGACUGUAUGCAUAUCUAUCAGCUGUACUCACAAAAUUCAGAUCUGAAGGUCAUUCUGUAAACCUGAAAUAUUUCUUUUUUGAAAACAUUUUUCAUUUGUUUACAUCUUGGUGUCAGUCGGGUGUUUUUGUAUUUAAAUUACAUUUUGGAAGUGCAAUAAACCCCCUGAUAUAUAUACAA